AUGAGCGGUGUUUUCCAUGUGAUUGCAUUAUCGAUCAUUCGUUUUAUCUCGUUGAAUCAAAUCCAUCAAACAAGAAUAACUGAACUUUGGUUUAGUUACAGUAAAUGUUUGCGUACCAUAAUAUUAAUCAACAUCGGUGCCGUCUUGCUAUGCAUACCGUUCUUUUUCAACUCCGAAGUGCGCAAAGUACCAUCACAUCGGGAAUGUUCGGCACGAUAUCCGUCUAGAAGCAAUCUUCCGACGCAUGAACUUAGUUUCACCAUUCUUGCUAGCAGUACUGCUCUUGGACAAGUAAUUAUGAUAAAUUUUAUGGUCGUGGAGUUACCACAAGGUGUUUUUUCGGUUUUGUCAUCGGUGAAGGGAACAAGUUUUACGAGAUCUGAAUUAUUGGGAGAUUUAUUUGACAUCUUUUCAUUGCUCAAUUCCUGCAUUACAUUUGCUCUUUUUUGUUCGAUGAGUAGUCGUGUCCGAAAUGCAUUUGCUCAAGGAUUAUUUCCAUUUAACUACAAAUAUUUGCAACAAAUUAUUGAUAGGUUGAGGCAAAUUCCAGUAGUAAUUGAAAGCAGCAAUUCGAAUGAUGCAUGGACUACAGCUGAGAAUAAUGUUAGAUGA